CUGCUGCGCACUGUACGUUUUUCACAUUCGACCAACGCAGCGGUACAGGCGCCGUUUUUUAUACACUUUAUUUAUUAUUAUCACUAUUUUUAUCGUGAUUAUUUAUUAUCAUCAUUAUUGAGGGCGCCGCAAACGUAGACGUCACAGUGACGAUAGCGAUGACCGAAGAGGCAUGGAAAGUUGCCACGAUUUCAAAAGAGAUGAGCUAUGAGAGGAAUGCAUUUAAAUUGUUUUUACAUGAAUCGACGAACGUAUCUGCAGUUUUUGAAUCGCUAGUAAAACUUGAUGACGGUUACAUCGGCCAUGCGGUCAGUCGUCUCGUCGAUGGCCGCGACAUGUAACCCGCACGACAUGCAUUUACCAUCAAUGUCGGCCACCAUGGACAGGUUCGAACGGAUGACCGAACACUUGGGGGCGCGGCAAACAUGUGCCACUGAAGCGCUCGGCGGCGUUACUGCUGCGGUGGUGAACGCCGAACAAGUCGAUUCGCUCAUGGCGCGGAUCGUCGACCGAGCCGGGCUAGACGUCAGGAGUGUAAUGCCUGCAGCCUUAGCGGAGUACUCGUCGUUGCAGCAAAAUAUGUCGUCGUCAUCGCCACCGCCUCCACCGCAGGACCUUAUCCUGGGACUUGACGAACAAUUGGCGAAACUCAGAAACAUCUACGGAUGAAUAGCGAUUUUUUUUUUAACUACUCGGCAACAUAAUAAAUUAUUAUGAUACUUAUUAAUCAAAAUUUUUAUACGAUAAACAUUUUUUUUCACUCUAUUUAAUUAUAGGUACUCGUAUAUUUCACAUGUCAAAUCAACCAUAAAAUUUUUUUAUUAAAUCCGGAUAAGACAUAAUAUAUAUUAUUAUUAUAUGCGUCUCCAUCACCGUUGUUUAUGAUAUUAUAUUUAUAAUAUUAUGGUACUUAUAACUGGUCAAUUUUGGGGUAAACAUAGUUUCAAAAAAGUAACGGUUCGUUCAAAUGUUUCGAUGUUACAAACAUACAACACAUAGACAAACCCGUCAAUGGAGUUAAUCAGAUAUCACUUCAUGGAUCCGUGAAAUAAUGGGAUUAUCCACCAACACAAAGAGUGUUGGGAUCGAGGUACCAAUAUGAAAAAUGAAAAUACACUAAUUUUAAUGUUAAAUUAUAUAAUAAAUAUACAUAUACAGGCAACAAUUUACAACUAUAACAAUUAUUGUAGGUAUUCCUAAAAUACAAUAAAAUGUAUUUAAUCCGUAUAAUAAUUUGAUUAUCGGAUUAUAUUUUUUUUUCUAUAAGUUAAUAUAUAGAAGACAAAUGAAUGGUGUUAUACUGUUAUAGUAAAUAUGAUUAUAAGCCAUAUAGGACUAACAAUAAAAUAAAAUAUAUGACUGUGCGUUUAACGCACAAGAAAACCAAUGAAAUGCAUUUUAUGCAUUUAAAUCCUUAAAUGUAGAUAAUAUUAACUAUUGUACGUAUUAUAUUUUUUGCUUCCGGUAAUAAUAUGUAAAACAUUAAAUAAGUUUUUAAUUUUUUUAAAUGUAUAAAUCAAAUACAAUUUUAUUUUAUUUUGAAAAUUGUUGUUAUAAAAAUAAUAAAAAAUAAAUUUAUAAGUUUUACAUUACAUAAAAUACUAUUUUAUUAUGUGAUUGAGGAUGAGUAAACACGAUUAGCUGUACGUACGAGUAUAGUAACAACGGUUGACAAUGACACACAAGUACACAACACAUGCAUGUAUUUGACAUGUAUCUCGACAUGACGACAUCCAUAGGUUCUAAUAUUAUAUUUGAGGACCAUUAUGAUGUAUAAUUCCAAAUUAUGGACCACUACAUAUCGUGGCAAUAUAUUUAAUAAACAGCGAAAAAGAAUCUGAUCGGCGGGAGGUGGCCAAUCUCAAGAGCCCCGCUAUAUUAUACGCCCUUAUGAAAAGUUCGUACCAUUGUAAUAACACAGACGCCGGUCUGUUACAGGGGGUCUGGUAUAGACUGGAAUGUAUAUAGUUUUUUUGUUUACUACCUAUACUAUUUAAUACACGGGGUACUGUUUUAAACCUUAUUUUAUUAUUGUUUAUAUUGUUUUGUUUAUAUGCAUUAAAUUGUGUUUACUGUUAUUAUUCCUUAGUUAUAUAUUAUAUAGGUUAGUUUUAUUAGAUAAACAAAUCAA